GCGGAGUGGAUAAAUGAUGUGCACUGCCCUGAGCCCCAAGGUCCGCAGUGGACCUGGCCUGUCUGAUAUGCAUCAGUACAGCCAGUGGCUGGCCAGCAGACAUGAAGCAAAUUUGCUGCCGAUGAAAGAAGACUUGGCCCUGUGGUUAACCAACCUAUUAGGGAGAGAGAUAACAGCAGAAACCUUCAUGGAGAAGCUGGAUAACGGUGCCUUGCUCUGUCAGCUUGCAGCAACUGUGCAGGAGAAAUUCAAAGAGAGCAUGGAUGCCAACAAGCCUGCCAAGACUCUGCCACUGAAGAAGAUCCCCUGCAAAGCCAGCGCUCCCUCAGGCUCCUUCUUUGCCCGAGACAACACAGCCAACUUCUUAUCCUGGUGCCGAGACUUGGGGGUGGACGAAACAUGUCUCUUUGAAUCUGAAGGCCUGGUUCUGCACAAACAGCCCCGAGAAGUGUGUCUCUGUUUGCUAGAGCUUGGCCGGAUCGCAGCCAGGUAUGGUGUGGAGCCUCCUGGCCUGAUAAAGCUGGAAAAAGAAAUUGAACAAGAAGAGACACUCUGUGCCCCGUCUCCUUCGCCUUCUCCUUCAUCCAAGUCUUCAGGGAAGAAGAGUACUGGGAACCUGCUGGACGAUGCAGUGAAAAGAAUCUCUGAAGAUCCUCCCUGCAAGUGCCCAACUAAGUUCUGUGUGGAGCGGCUCUCUCAAGGCCGAUACCGGGUGGGAGAGAAGAUCCUCUUCAUCAGGAUGCUGCACAACAAACAUGUGAUGGUCCGCGUGGGAGGAGGCUGGGAGACCUUCGCAGGCUAUCUGCUCAAGCAUGACCCCUGCCGCAUGCUGCAGAUCUCCCGUGUGGAUGGCAAGACAUCCCCUGUGCAGAGCAAAUCCCCAACCCUGAAGGACAUGAAUCCAGAUAAUUACCUGGUGGUCUCUGCCAGCUACAAGGCUAAGAAGGAGAUUAAAUGAAACUGGUCUCUGCAAGGGGACUCACACCAUGGCCCGUGUCCAUUCUACAGUGUAGUCAGUGUGGUUCACAUGCUCUGAGAACCACCCACAUUAUCAAGCAGGAAAAAGCUCAAAAGGUAGCACUAUUUAUUUUUAAUGCAUCUGUAGAAUUUCGCCUAAGGGGGAGAAAACCCUAAACUCAGAACAAAAUCAGACAAAUUGUAAGCAAAUCACUAUCACUCAAUAUGUGAACAGAGUAUUUAAAAGAAGCAUUAUUAGGAACUCAGUGCUAGGUACAGCCAUUGGAGGUGAACAUGCGUAGGAGACUAUAUUUAGCGUGUAUGGAUCAGUCAACAGAAAGUGCCUGCUUUAUGUCUGUGAGCUAAAGCACCCCAGACACAUUUGUAAUGGCGGGAUUUUAUAGCUAUUUUUUACAAAAUGACAAUGUGAUGAUGUGCUACUAAAAUUGUUCACAGUACUAUACAAUAUAGAGUCUUCAGAGCCAUAAGACUUAACUGGAAAGGCCACAUCAGAGAUGUUUACCUUCACUUGGAAGAUUGCCUUAAAGUUCAUCUCUGAUCCCUGACCAAACCAACCUCUGGGGUACUUUUGGAUGUUGCCUGUGCAGCCCCUUAGGAAUAGCAGGUACCU